AUGAAUUCAUCGUUAGAAGCCAAGGCAGCGUCUUUUACUGCAGCCGUGUCGUCGUUUGUGGUCCUGAAUUGGGGUUCCCGUGACCAGGAGAUGGAAAUCCGAAAGAGACUGGGGUUGGCCAUUCCAAGUAGUAGUAGUAGUAAGACAUC